AUGUCUUGCCUCAAUCACAGCAGUACACCACCAGCAGCAACAGAGUUAGCAGCAGCACUUGCAAGCAGCAACAACAGCAUCUUCCUCCUUCUCCUCUGCAAACAACAGCAGUUCCAGCACACAGCAGCCACAAGCAGCAGCAGUGCAAAGAGCACCCUCUGCCGCACCAACAGCAAGCAGCAGCAACUGCAGACUGUUCUCAGUCUUUCUCCAGCAGCAGCAAGCCAGCCGCACAAGCAGCAAACCAGCCAGCAGCCCGUGCGCUCGCACGCAGCCGCGCCCGCCGGCCCUCUCCAGGCGCGCCUCUACCACCGCCGGUCCCGCCUCCAGUGCCCCGCGCAGCACACGCGCGCCAACAACCAUCCUGGGUGCCCGGAGCUCCGCCCCACGCUGCCGAUUCACCGCCGGCGACCUACAGAACCCAGCAUCGCCUCCCGCCUGUGCUCUGACACCAUGAAGUGUGAUUCACACAUAUACAGCCCAACAGGUUAUGACAGAUCCGUGGACAAGCAUGAUGUCUAUUGGUGCCAUCCUGGAAAGUCAGUAGCCGAUGGACUGAAAGAGAUUAAGUGUGAUGCAGAUAUCUUGUUAAUGAUUUCAGCAACAAUUGAGCACAAAAAUUUUCUAUUGAUUAUUGACCAUGGUGAUACUUUGCAAACUCUGACCACAGAUGAUGUGCUGCUAGAUGGAGCUACUGAGCUGCCUAGAAUUAUAACCCCAUCAAAAGUUAGCAAGGGAAAAGAAACUGCAUGGUCUUCAGAAAAUCCUAAUAGUCCAAAACAGAAGAGAGAGAAGAGAGUUAGGAGGUCCAUGUACUUUGGUGAAGGAUCCAGUUCAGGUGUUGGUCAUGUUGUUGAAGAAAUGGAAGGAGGAGAGAGUAGAGAGGCAGAGGGACAAGAGGAUAAUUGUGAUGAAGAAACGGAUGAGGAGUUCUAUGAUAGUGAUUUUGAUGCAGAAGAUGGUGAUGAUGAUUUGUUUGACAAGAAUGUGGACAAAGAAGUUGAUGAUCAUAGAGAAAGUGAGUUCAUACCUGACAUUGAAGCAGAACUUCCUGAAGAUGCAGUAGAUGAUAGUCACUUGGAUCUGAGCAAAGAAGAAAGGGAGAAACUGAAGUACAAUUUUAGAGCAUUUAACCCAGAGACUGACUUGAAUGCACCAACUUUCAGGCUUGGCAUGGUUUUUGGAGACAUGAAGGAGCUUAGACUUGCUAUCAGUUCUUAUAGUGUUAGAAACAGAGUGGUAAUAAGGAAGACAAGAAAUACAGCAACUACAUUAGUUGCUGUAUGCAAAGAAGGGUGUUCUUGGUACAUGAAGGCAGGUAAGGACAAUAGGACAAGUAGCAUUGUAAUCAAGAAUUUUGAAGGUAAACACACCUGCACUAAAGCUUGGGAUCUCAAAGUGUUGACUGCACCUUUUCUUACAAGAAAGUUCAGAGAAGAGUUUAGAGAUAAUGAGAAAAUGUCCUUGAAGAAAUUCCAAGACAAAGUCCAGGUUGAAUACAACAUGAUUCCAACCAGAUUCAAAUUGGGAAGAGCAAGGAGAGCAGCAGUUAAGGAGAUUAGAGGUGAAGAUGAUGACCAGUUCAAAUGGUUGUGGGAUUAUGGGCAGGAGCUUAGAAGAACUAACCCAGGCAGCAAGUUUUUCCUUUGCACAAAGGAAGUGAUAGAUGAGAAAACUAAAAUGCCACGGGAUCAUUUCUCAACUUUGUACUGGUCAAUAGAUGCUUGUAAGAGAGGGUUUCUUGUUGGUUGUAGGCCCAUAAUAUUUCUCGAUGGUUGUCACAUUAAGACUAGGUACAAAGGGAAUCUGCUUACAGCUGUGGCUAUUGACCCCAAUGACUGUAUAUUUCCAAUAGCUUUUGGCUUGUGUGAGGUGGAGUGUACCAGCAGCUGGGAGUGGUUCUUAGCAUCACUCAAGGAUGAUCUCAAUAUAUGCAACACUUCCCCCUACACUAUAAUGAGUGAUAAGCAGAAGGGUCUAAUAGCUGCAGUGCAAAAGAUUUUCCCAGAUGCCGAUCACAGUUUUUGUGUUAGGCACAUAUACCAAAAUUUCCACAAAUUGCAUAAGGGUGAGCAGUUGAAGAAUGAUCUUUGGGCAAUUGCGAGAUCAACACAUGAUAUUGAAUACAAGAAAAACAUGGACAAGUUAAGGGUUGACAGUGAGGAGGCUUACGUAUGGGUUGAGGGAUUGGAGCCUAGAACAUGGAUUAAAGCAUUUUUUAACACAUUCCCGAAGUGUGAUAUACUCUUAAACAACAUGUCAGAAGUUUUCAACAGUUAUAUACUGGAGGCAAGAGAACUACCAAUGGUGUCAAUGUUGAAGAACAUUCAUGACAAGUUAUCUCACAGAAUUGUUGGCAAACAAAAAGAAUCAGAUAAGUGGACAGGGAGACUCUGCCCAAAGAUCCAGAAAAAGCUUGAUAAAUACAUUGAAUGGGCCGCUCAUUGCAUGGUUCAAGAAGCUGGUAGAGGAGUUUUCCAGGUAACAUCCUUCAACAACAUCUAUUUGGUGAAUCUGAAUAUGAAUAGCUGUGAAUGCAAAAAAUGGGACUUGUCAGGCAUCCCUUGCCAUCAUUCCAUAGCUUGUUUCAGACAUGAAAGAAUUGAACCAGAAAGCAUGGUUCAUAUGUGCUAUACCGUGGAGAGUUAUAGGAAGGCCUAUGCUUAUAACAUCAUGCCAUUAAGGGACAAAGCUAGAUGGGAAAAAAUGUAUGGCACUGUUGUCUAUCCACCUUUGUACACUAAAGUUAUGGGGAGGCCCAAGAAAAAUAGGAAGAAAGAUCCAGAAGAGAAAAAGGACAAGCAUGGAGGGCUGAAGCUUACAAAGCAUGGAUCCACAAUGCACUGUUCCAUAUGUGGAGCACCUGAUCAUAACAAAAAAGGCCAUUACAAGUAGGAAUGACAUUCCAAAUGAAGAAGUUGCUCAAGCAGCAGAAGAAGAUUAUGAUGAUCCAUCCAUCCUUGCUGACAUAAUGCCACACACAGUGCAUGCUGAUUUGGAUCCAACUCAAACUCCUGGGUCAAUGAUUUUCAUGAUGCAAGAGCAGGAGAGGUUCACAUAUCCACCUGCCAGGGACUUUGGUCCACUACCUGAGUCCACUUUCAUUGCAAAUGCAAGAGCUGAUCUUCCACCUGCCAGAGUGACUACAGCUAUGUCCAGGGGCAGGCAGCAAUCAGCAAGAAG